AAGGAAUCUAUCAACAUGAGGAAUCAAAUAUUGGAGAUUAACUCUAGAGAAGCAGCCCAGAGUCCUAUCAAGGUAGUCAAAGAGUAUAUGAGGCAGAAGUUGUAUCCCUCUCAGCCAACUUCUCCAAAGUUGCCCAAUAAUAAGCAGAUUAAUGAAAUGAUAAGCAGGGAAGUCUCAUUUUUAAUGAAGCAGAAUGAGAAUUAAAGUAAAAGCUUGUUUAACAAGGAACACAGCGCAGCCCAAACUUUUGAACCAAAAGAUAUAAAGAAAAUUAAGAAUAAUUUCCCUAUUCUGAAUAUUGAUGAGAGAAGAAAGAAGAGAAACUCAAGAGGCAACCUGAAGUCAUUUGAUAUGAACAACAAAUUUGGUCAGGCUCCUUUACGGAAUAACCUCGAAAUGAUUAAUAUUGAAGAGAAUCGGCUUGGCGCUAACAAAACCAUUGCUAGAAUAGAAAUCCCGCCUGAAGGAAAACUUACUAAGGCAGUGUACCAGAGGAACGAGACUCUGUGAACUCCGAGUCCAGUUUUAUCUAAAUAGAGGUCCACUGAACUAUACUCAUAACAAACUCUUCUUGAAGACGAGCAAGGAAGCAUCAAAAAAGAUUAUUGUCAAUCGAACCAUUGACACUAAUUUUGGAGAUGAAGAAACUCCAAUGUUGAUGCAGCCAAGACUUUAUGACGUAGCAAAGUACAAUUUCUCUGUAGAGUCUUGAAAAGAAAAUAUUAAGAAUAGAAGAAAAGAGAGGAGCAAGGACAUCACUCUGCCUGAGAUCUCUGAUAUCGCAAAAUCUAAGCCAAGGAGCUGUAAACGAGAUGCUUCCCCUGUGAAGGUCGUGAAGAAGGACCUUCUAAAUAACUACAAAAUCCCUCCUUUCAAGCUGAACAUGCUCUCUAGAUUUAUGGGUAAGAAUAACAAAAGCAGGAAGUUUGGAGUGGCUCAGCCCAAAAUUGCUGAGCUAGAGUUCUCCAAAAGGAAGAAGAUACAUGAGCUUAUGAAGUAUAUCCAGAAAUAACUCUGUAGCUUCCUGUAUGCCAUUAAGAGCUUCUUCAAUUAACCUUUAACAAUUCCGA